UUCUUACAAUUUAAGCCAAAAAAACUGUUACACAAUUUAUACCACUUCCAAAACCAAAACCAAAAUCAAAACCAAAACCUCAAAAACCCAUUACACAAAAUCUGACACACCUCGUCGGAAAAUGAGCUCCGUCUGCAUAUCAAACUGUGUCAAAGACACCAGAGUUCCCGUCAGAGCCACCUACGUCAACCUCUACAAGUGGCCGGAAUCUGACGCCGAGUUCGUCCGCACGGCGGUGCGCGGCGGCGGAGGGCGGCCGGAGCAGCAGCCGAGGGUGGUGGACAGUAUCUCCUGCAGGCAGCUGUACCUUAGGAGCUACACUUUCUCUAGGAAAGAGACAGUUCCGGAGAGGACUAAGAAGUGUUUGGAUCGGGUCAGAGAGAGGGUGGUGGGUCGAGGGGGGAGGAGGCGGAGGAGGACGGCGGCGGAGGGUCGGCCGGUGGUUCGUAGGAAGAAAUGUGCAGUGGUGAGGAGAGUGAAGGAGCUAUCUUGCGCCGCCCUUUGUGCUAUCUUCCACAGGCUGCUAUCUUGCUCUGCUAGUGUAGAUGUUGUGGGUGGACCAUAGACACCAGUGAGUUGGUUAGUAGUUGUUGUUUAAUAAUACAACAAAUGCUAGAAAGAAAUUAAAUAUAGAAUCGGAUAAAAAAAAAUAGAUGGACGGACAAGAUUUUGCAACAAUGGUUGCUAGGGGCAUGUCUGUUUAUUUAUUUAUUUUGUAUUUGAUUUUAUAUUUAAUUUAUUUAUGUGUUAUUAAACUUAUUUUUAAUUAUAUGAUUUGGAUAAUGUUUGGAAAAGUUUA